GCUAGUUCCUGGCCAAUUCCUAAUGGCUAGAGACGGGGCCAAGCUAUGCAGUUGUUUAAAAGGCCUUAACAGAGAAAUUGGGGUGUGGACUGGAUUUGAACGUCCCCAAAGUGUGUGUGUGUGGGGGGGGGGGGUGUUUGCAGUUUGCAUCUGGAUUUCUGUCUCUAACGGUCACAUUCUGCAUCCCUCUCAUUUCCCCUUUGGUAGCAACAGGAGAAGUUACUGGUCACUUCUUCCCCUAAAAGCUUUGGGCGGUGUUGUGUCAAGCAGCUGCUGCAUUUCACCCCACUGGUGGCUGCUUUACGGGGUGGCUGAGAGAGCCCUUCACCAUGCCGGCAGUUUGUAAAAAGCUUUGAGAUCCUCCUAAAUGAAAGGUGCUCUAUAAGCAUCAGAUUUUUAUAUUCUACCCACUUUGCUAGGCCCGUUCUUGAGUGAGCUUCAUUAAAGUCGAGGGGGAAUUUAAAAGCGUUGCUGGUUGCAUUCUAAUUUUUUUAGAAAGGGCUGAUGCUGGGUGUUCCAGAAGCUGUCCCCGCUCCUGGAAAGUGCCUUUGUUUUGGGGGAGCUGGUCAGUGGUGGUGGUAUGCUGCUCAUUGGUUUACUGAGAAGCAAAGCGUUUCUCUCUGCUCACGCCGACGCACUGAGUCUUUUCAGAGCACGCUCAGGACAGAGGAUGUUGUUGAUGCCAAGCAGAAAUCAUUGGCCCCACCCAGGCGGAACGUGCUCGGUCAGUUGUUUCCGUGUCCCUUUCAGUAAACAUGUUGCUGUUUGAAGGGGCAAAUCCCUCCUGCGAGGAAACAGCAGAAUCGCGCCGGCUGCCUGGCUUGGUUCGACGCGCAGGAUGACGUCUCCCAGAGCCCUGCUGCUGUGUCUCCAGGGCCUGCUGCUGCUGGGCAGCUUUACCCAGGCCUGCCCGCCCCCCUGCCAGUGCUACGACGGAACAAAGGUGUUCUGCUCCGGGGAGGAGAUCUGGGGCAUCCCCGAGGGCCUGCCGGGCAAUGCCACUCAGCUCUUCUUCGUGGAGACCUCCCUCACCGCCGUCGGGAGCGGGGCCUUCGGCAACUGCAGCAGCCUCGCCAGGCUGGUUUUCCUGAACAACCCGGGCCUGGCCCUGGAAGCGGGCGCCUUUGGGGAGCGGUCCAGCCUCGCCGAGCUCGAGGUCUCAGGCAGCAAUUUGUCAGCCCUGAGCAGCGCGGCCUUCGGCAGCCUGCUGGAGCUGCGCAAUCUCUUCCUCACCUUCAGCGCCCUCCGAGCCCUGGAGCCAGGGCUCUUCAACCGCACGCCCAGCCUGGAAGCGCUUCACUUGCAAGGGAACCAGAUAGAGACCCUGCCCCCCACAGUCUUUUCCCCGCUGAGGGAGCUGAGGGUGCUCGACCUGUCUCACAACCCCUUGGGCCCGGUGCCUGACAGGCUGUUCGACCCGCUCGCCCUGCUCCAAGUGCUGAAGCUGAGCAACAUCGGCCUCACCCGCCUCCCGCUUGGCAUCUUCCGGCCCCUGAGGAGCCUCAAAGAGCUCUCCCUGGAUAGGAACGCGCUGGCGGAUCUGCCCCCAGGAGCCUUCUCCGGGCUCUCCCGCCUGCAGAGACUGGAGCUCCAGCACAACACCCUCACGAGCCUGCGCUCCUGCAUCUUCUCCUGCCUGUCGAACCUGGACGUCCUAAACCUGGAGGGCAACCGCCUCUCUGCACUCCCCGCCGGCCUGCUCCGGGGCACGCCCAAGCUGGGCCAGCUCUUUGCCGCCUCCAACCGGCUUGAGACCAUCCCUGAGGGGAUCUUCAGCAACCUGCUCCAGCUGCGGACCAUCGUGCUCUCGCACAACCAGCUCACUCACCUGCCCGCGGGGGCCUUCAGAGACCUCUUCAGCCUCACCACGCUGCAGCUGGACCACAACAACCUCACCGCCCUGGCGGGGGACACCUUCCACAACCUCCUCAGCCUAGAGGUGCUGGGCCUGGCUGGGAACCGCCUGCAGGCGCUGCCCGAGGGGAUCUUUGACUCCAACGACUACCUGUUCGGCGUGGCCCUGAAGGACAACCCCUGGGUGUGCGACUGCCGGCUGGCCUCUCUCGCCAGCUGGAUCCGGAACUGGUCCGCGCCCCUGAACUCUCAGACCUUCUGCACAAGCCCUGACCACCUGAAGGGAUGGGCGCUCCCGGCUUUACCUCAAGAGCAACUGGUGUGUCUGGCUGCUCCGGGCCCGGCAGACUCCUCCUUGUCCCCGGGAGAGGCAGAGACAGCCCAGGCCCCGUGCACCUACAAUGACCCUGAAGGCACCGUGCAGCUCGCCUGUGACACAGCCGCAUGCCACCGGUUAACAGUUCAUCUCCCUCCACAAGGGGACUCGACUGGCCGGGGACUGGCCUACAAUAGCAACUGGGUCUUGAAUUCCAGCUGUGGCACAGUGAGGGUCUGGGUCACCAUCCAGGCAGAGCCAGGAGGGACGGCAAGGGAGGGAGAGGCUGGUUCUCACAACCCCUGUUCUGAGCCUUAGACCGAAGCUCUCCCCAGGGGUUGGUGCCAUUAAAAGUCACAACCGGA